AUAAGCAGAAUUAACAGUACACAGUUACCCAGUUCCAAAUACCAGAGUGAUCAUCUUGUACUCGUUUCAUACAUAUAUUUCUAUUUAGGUAUUUGGAAUACUCAAUUACCGAUAUGACUGAGGAAAAUAUAUUUAUAUUUGUGCCAAAUAUUAUAGGCUAUGCCCGGAUUUUAUUAGCCCUCGUUGCCUUUUAUUUUAUGCCAACAAAUUACAUAGUUGCAACAACAUGUUACGUUGUCUCUGCAUUACUCGAUGCCUUCGAUGGUCAUGCGGCAAGAUAUUUCAAUCAAAGCACCAAAUUUGGAGGGAUGCUCGAUCAACUCACUGAUAGAUGUGGUACCUUAGGUCUCAUAACAGUAUUGGCACAUCUCUAUCCAAAGUACAUGUUUUGGUUUAUUCUUUCCAUGUGCAUUGAUAUUUCUUGCCACUGGAUAUAUCUCCACACAACGGUUCUACAAGGAAAAUCCAGCCAUAAAUUCAUUGAUAUGUCUGAGAAUCCAAUCAUGAGCAUUUAUUACACCAAUAAAACCGUUUUAUUCUUUAUGUGCGCUGGAAAUGAAGCGUUUUAUGCCUCACUAUAUUUGCUCUACUUUACAGAGGGGCCAAUAGUAGUGGGACUGUCCCUAUUCAGAAUAAUUUUAUACCUUUCUGCACCAAUUUGUAUCGUGAAAACCUUGAUUUCACUUCUACAUUGCAUUGUGGCUUCCAAAAAUCUGGCUAUUAUCGAUAACAAUGAGAGGAAAAAUAUUUCGAAGAAGGCAAAUUAAAAUUAACAUAUAUAUUUUCCUUGUCUUUCCCAUGUCCAUUAAGAGUAAUAUUAUCGUAAAGUAUCAUGUACCACUAAUAUUUAAGGGAAUUAUCAACAGUAGUUAUUUAAAAAUUUUUAUAAUACUGGAAUUUAAUUUGACUGAGACUUUGACUUUAAAAAUUAAUAUAUACGAAUUUAUUGUGUUAUUAUAGUUAAAAAUAUCCUCAGAUUAUUAAAUUGCUAGGUGUCUAUUAUUGUAGUUAUCGUAGAAAACUAUUAUAUAUAUAAAAUGACUAAUAAAUGUUAGUACGAGUACAUAAAAUGAAACUUUAAAUUCAUUUUAAUAUUAAAUUUAUCAAAAUUUAUUGAUAAGUGCAUUUUCCUUAAAGUUGUAGCCACAUAAAUAUUGGUAAUCUAUUAUUUAAUUUUAGAUAUUAAUCUUUUAUUAUCUUAGAUAAUCCAUUUGAAUUCUGUGUUAAAUAUAUUGUAUUAAAAUUUACAAUUAAGAUGUUUAAAAAAAAUGAUAUACCUUUAUAAGCAUAAUAUACUAGUUAUUCCUCGAAACUGUCGCAUUUAUUUUGUACUAAGACUUGCGUUUUGUUAUUU